AUGGGCCGUAAAGCAGUAGUAGCAGUGUGCACUCUUAAUCAAUGGGCUCUGGACUUUGAAGGCAAUUUGAACAGGAUUCUUGAAUCUGUUCAAGAAGCAAAAGAGAUGGGUGCAUUAUAUCGUACUGGGCCUGAGUUAGAGGUUUGUGGCUACAGUUGUGAAGAUCACUUCCACGAAUCCGAUACAUUCCUCCAUAGUUGGCAAGUUCUUGGUGAACUGCUGAAGUCAGCAACAUGCAGUGAUAUUCUCAUAGACGUCGGUAUGCCCGUACAACAUCGUAAUGUAUCGUACAACUGUCGUGUGGUGUUUCUAAAUAGGAAAAUACUAUUGAUUAGACCAAAGAUGUCCAUGUGUGAGGAUGGUAAUUAUAGGGAAUCGCGGUGGUUUUCCAGUUGGACGAAGGAACGUCAAAUAGAGGAUUAUUAUCUACCUCGUAUGAUUGCCUCUAUAACGGGUCAGACCACCGUGCCCAUUGGUGAUGCAGUAAUUGCUACUAGGGACACUUGUAUUGGGUUCGAGAUUUGUGAAGAACUUUGGAAUCCUCAAAGCCGACAUAUUCCUCUAAGCCUAGACGGAGUGGAAAUAAUAUCUAACGGGUCAGGGAGUUACAUGGAGUUGCGGAAAGCCUAUGUUACUGUGGAUUUAGUGAAAAGUGCGACAUUCAAGAGCGGUGGGGCGUAUUUGUUCAGCAAUUUGAGGGGCUGCGACGGCCAACGGAUUUAUUUCAAUGGCUGUUCGUGUGUGGCUGUUAAUGGAGAUAUCGUUAGCCGGGGAUUGCAGUUUGCGCUAAAAGAUGUGGAAGUUAUCCCUGCUACAAUUGAUCUGGAAGAUAUAAGGUCUUAUCGGAAUAGGAUGCGCUCAAGGUCCCAUUUAGCAGCGUCUAACAAGCCGUUCCCAAGAAUAACAAUUGAUUUUACAUUAUCCGAUGAAAAAGACACCAGUCUUGUUGUUAAUAGACCUAUUCAAUGGAAAUACUUGACGCCGGAAGAGGAAAUCGCUUUAGGUCCAGCUUGUUGGCUGUGGGACUACUUACGAAGGUCCGGGCAAGGUGGAUUUUUCCUACCGCUUAGUGGUGGAGUGGAUUCUUCCAGUACGGCUUGCAUUGUAUACUCGAUGUGUACGCAGAUAUGUGAAGCAGUUGAAAUAGGAGAAUCACAAGUAUUAGAUGACGUGCGUAGAGUUGUAUGUGAUUUUAAUUAUACGCCCAAAGACCCUAAAGAGCUAUGCAAUAAAUUACUCGUUACAUGUUAUAUGGCUUCGAAAAACUCUAGCGAAGAAACUAAGCUACGAGCCAAGGAGUUGGCGAGUGAAAUAGGCAGUUAUCACUUUCCGAUAAUAAUUGAUACAGCUGUGAAGGCUGUAUUGGCCAUAUUUCAAGCCGCCACAGGACUCAUACCGAAGUUUAGAAGUAAUGGCGGAUGUCCAAGAGAGAAUCUCUCCUUACAAAAUAUUCAGGCUCGUAUGCGUAUGGUGUUCUCGUAUUUAUUCGCGCAACUGAUGCUCUGGGUGCGAGGCAGGCCGGGCUGUCUAUUAGUACUGGGUUCGUCCAACGUUGACGAAGCCUUGCGGGGUUAUCUGACAAAGUAUGACUGCUCAAGCGCAGAUAUCAAUCCCAUUGGAGGUAUCUCGAAGACGGAUUUGAAGUCUUUCCUGCAUUACGCGAAAAAUCGUUACGAACUACCCUCGCUAUCUGAUAUAUUGGAUGCGGCGCCGACGGCUGAGUUGGAACCGCUGUCCGAGGGUAGAAUCACACAAACAGACGAGCAGGACAUGGGGAUGACGUAUGCGGAGCUGUCCGAGUUCGGGAGGUUGAGGAAGAUGCACUCGUGUGGUCCAUACGCGAUGUUCGAGAAACUUGUCCAUAUUUGGAGUGAAAGGACGCCGCAGGAGGUAGCAGAUAAAGUGAAGCAUUUCUUUCGUUGCUACGCGAUUAACAGGCAUAAGAUGACAGUAUUGACCCCUUCGUACCACGCUGAAUCGUAUAGCCCGGAUGACAACCGUUUCGACCAUAGACCUUUUUUGUAUCCAGUUAACUGGGCAUGGCAGUUCAAGAGGAUCGAUGAAAUGGUGGCAGCGAUGAACAAUAAAAAGGCUAAUUAA